AUGGACGCGCUGGAGUCGGAACUGACCUGCCCGAUCUGCCUGGAGCUCUUUGAGGACCCUCUGCUCUUACCCUGUGCCCACAGCCUGUGUUUCAACUGCGCCCAUCGAAUACUCGUGUCUCACCGCACCUCCCACGACCCCCCGGCACCCAUCAACGCCUUCCAGUGUCCCACCUGUCGCUAUGUCAUCACCCUCAACCAGCGUGGCCUAGAGGGACUCAAACGUAACGUCACGCUGCAGAACAUUAUCGAUCGUUUCCAGAAAGCCUCCGCCAGCGGCCCGAACUCCCCGAGCGAGACGCGGCGUCAGCCGGACCCCGCUGUCGGCCCGGCCAUGAGCUCCUCCUCCCCGCCGCACGAGCGCGUCCGGUGCCAGUUCUGUGAGCAGGACCCGCCCCAGGACGCCGUGAAGACCUGCAUCACCUGCGAGGUGUCGUAUUGCGAGGAAUGCCUGCGCGCCACACACCCCAACAAAAAACCUUUCACGGGGCACAAGCUGACCGAGCCCGUUUCAGACUCGCGCCUACGGGCCAUCCUGUGUCCCGAACACGAGGGCGAGAGGGUGAACAUGUACUGCGUGACGGACGAACAGCUGAUCUGUUCUCUCUGUAAACUGGUGGGACGGCAUCGAGAGCAUCAGGUUGCAGCGCUGAGCGAACGUUAUGACAAACUGAAGCAAGCGUUGGAUUCUAACCUCAGUAACCUGAUAAAGAGAAACACUGAAUUGGAAAGCCUGAUGGGGAAACUCAUUCAGACGUGCCAGCAUGUGGAGUUAAAUGCAACGCGACAAGAAAACAAGCUAAUUGAAGAAUGUGAUCUUCUGAUCGACAUCAUCCAACAGAGGAGGCAGAUUAUCGGAGCUAAAAUUAAGGAUGGAAAGGUAGUGCGACUGCGUAAGCUUGCCCAGCAGAUAGCCAGCUGUAAACAGUGCAUUGAGAGGUCAUCAACACUCAUCACACAGGCUGAUCAAACCCUUAAGGAGACGGACCACGCCCGCUUCCUCCAGACUGCCAAGAGCAUCUGUGAGAGAGUAUCCAUGGCAACAGCGUCUUCUCAGGUCCUGAUCCCUGAGAUCAAUGUGACGGACACAUUUGAUACGUUUGCACUGGACUUCAGCAGGGAGAAGAAAAUGCUAGAAAGUUUGGAUUACCUUACAGCUCCAAACCCUCCAGUAAUCCGUGAAGAGCUUUGCACAGCGUCACAUGACACCAUCACAGUCCACUGGACGUCCGAAGAUGAGUUCAGCAUUGUUUCCUACGAGCUACAGUAUGCCAUCUUCACAGGACAAGCCAAUGUUGUCAGUUUGUGUAGUUCUGCUGAUAGUUGGAUGAUUGUACCAAACAUUAAGCAGAACCACUACACGGUUCACGGCCUCCAGACAGGAACCAAAUACGUGUUCAUCGUCAAGGCCAUUAACCAGGCAGGCAGCCGCAGCAGCGAACCCGGAAAACUGAAGACCAACAGCCAGCCUUUUAAAUUGGACCCAAAAUCGGCUCACAAGAAGCUGAAGGUGUCACACGACAACCUGACGGUUGAGCGAGACGAGGCGUCGUCGAAGAAGAGUCACGGGCAGGAGCGCUAUAAUGCCCAGAGUAGCUAUGGCGUUGUCGGAAAUGUUUACAUCGACAGCGGACGUCAUUAUUGGGAGGCUCUCAUUGGAGGAAGCACAUGGUUUGCAGUCGGCGUCGCCUAUAAGUCAGCGCCCAAACAAGAAUGGAUAGGUAAAAACCCAGCCUCCUGGGUACUCUGUCGAUGUAACACCUCCUGGGUCGUUCGUCACAACGGUAAAGAGAUGCCAAUCGAGCCGCCGCCGCACCUGCGUCGUGUGGGCGUUCUCCUGGACUACGACGUUGGCUCGCUAGCCUUUUACGACGCCGUGAGCACACAGCACCUGUAUACGUUCGACGUGUCUUUUGUCCAGCCUGUCUGUCCGGUAUUUAAUAUCUGGAACAAAUGUUUAACUGUCCUCACAGGGCUACCCAUUCCUGACUACCUGGAUACCGCAGAUUCUCCGAACUAG